CUCUGACUCUCCCUUGCCCCCAUGUCUUCUCCGAUGCGAGCAGCCCGUCCAGCCCACCCGAACAGUCGCUCAGGGCUCUGUCCUGUCUAACCCGACCCAGGGGGGAGGCUGCCUCCUCCUCCCCUUCCUUCUCUCCCCCUUCCUCAUUACUUCUGCCUAACUCCGCAAGUCUCUGAUAGCCGAUCUGUUGCCGGGUUUUGUGUGCGUGAGUGAAUCGGGUCCUGCUGGAGAACUGUCACCCUCCUGUGUGCGCUGGAAUCGAAGGCUGCAGCCUGUUGCUUAGCCUCUGGGCUGUGAACCCCCUUUUCCCCCUCAAUAUUGUGGAGCGAUCAGCAGCUUCGAUCCGGGCUCAGCUCAGAUCGUGUCGUCUGUUGGACUUCAAAGAGUAAGAUUUGCACUCGUGACAUUAUCAGGACCCCAACUUCCUACUGGCUCUGUAUCUAAUGGAAACUCAAGCCCGGUGACAUGCACACAGAGGAAGUAGCUUGUCAGUUUGCAGUCUGUGGUGUUUCUGAACAGGAAGCGUUGAAAGGUGAAAUGGAGUACUGACUGCUUUGCUGAUGUAAAGUUGUAUAGACCUGACAAAUAUUGCUUUACUCCGAAACAAAGUACAUUCUUCCAGCUGAACUCUUCCAGGAUAAGGCAAUGGCAAUAAUCCGACUCAAUCCUGGUUCCUCCACCUACAUUGAAAGUGGCCAUAAGUAAGAUCACAGAUUUGAUAAGUGCACAGAGUUCCCUGUGUUCUUCCUCAUCCCGCUGGUCCCUCAUCUGAUGAUCCUUCACUCAGUCAUGUCGAACCACAUGGACCUCCUCACCGAACUCCCGUUCCUGGAACGGUUGCCUACCCCGGACCGCCUUAGAGCUGCAAAGAAACGCCGGGCACAACAGCUGAAGAAAUGGGCGCAGUACGAGAAAGAGAUGCAGAACAAAAAGAGAAAAACGGACAAGAAGAAAAGCACAGGGAACCGCCAACGUGUCUCCUUCGCUCCGAAUAUUACACUCUUAGAGGCUUCCUCUCGGAAUGACAUAGAGGAGGUGAGCCUCUUACUGAGAAAGAAUGUGAAUCCGGAUCUGUGCAAUGAAGAUGGACUCACUGCAUUACAUCAGUCCUGUAUCGAUAACUUUGAAGAGAUGGUGAGGCUACUUUUGGACCAAGGGACCAAUGUGGAUGCGAAGGAUAAUGAGCUGUGGACCCCAUUACAUGCGGCUGCCACAUGUCGACAUACCAAUCUUGUGAAAAUCCUCAUUGAGCGGGGUGCAGACCUGUUGGCAGUCAAUGCAGAUGGGAACAUGCCCUAUGAUCUGUGUGAUGAUGAUCGGACUUUGGAGCUCAUCGAAACAGCAAUGGUUAAUCAGGGGAUCACUCAGGAGAAAAUCGACCAAACCCGUACAGCAGUAGAGCAGCAAAUGAUUGUAGACAUCAGAGAGGGUAUUCAGACCGGCACUGAUCUAAAUGCAAGAGACGUGCAGGGAGCCACCUUGCUACAUGUGGUCGCUGCCAACGGUUACUACACAGUUGCUGAGCUGCUGCUUGAACAUGGAGCCAAGAUAAACAUCAAGGACCAGGAUGGCUGGGAACCACUGCAUGCCGCUGCUUGCUGGGGUCAGAUGCAAAUCGCAGAACUACUGACAGCUCAUGGUGCAAGUCUCAACGCCAAGACACACUUGAAAGAGACGCCAAUUGACCUCUGUGACGAUGAGGAGUUCAAGGUUGCACUUCGACAGCUCAAGCAUAAACAUGAAAACAUCCUGAAGUCACAGGGCAAGAACAAGUCAUCUCUAUGCAGGAGAACCUCUAGUGCUGGAAGCCGAGGGACAGUAGUGCGUCGAGCAAGCGUGACUGACCGAAAUAAUUUGUACCGGAAGGAAUGUGAGCAGGAAGCAAUUAUCUGGCAGCAGAUGGGCCGGAAGGAAAUGGAAAAGGAAGUUGCGAGCAGCGAUGGAGAAGAUAAGGAAUCAUCCAAAGAUCAAGAGAAUCUGACCCCGAAUCUGUCAUCCAAGUCCCAAAAAUGCGUGACGGAACAAGUUGAAUCGACCGAAGAGCCAGAAGAUGUUUGCGGAAAGACCAGUCUUCCAGUCUCAACACCAACUUCCCAGCAGCCUUCUACCAACACUGAAUCCUUGGGAACACCCCCCACCGCGGAAAGAGCGAAUGGCCGGGUUUUCCUCAACGAUUGCCACCCUGCUCCAUCGCCACAGCCAAACAGAGACAGGAACUGCCAAACGCUGUCGGAGCUGAAGCGGCAACGGGCAGCCACCAAGCUGAAGAAGCAGAUGUCUCAGGAAGCUUCUCUGGCCAACGGCCUGGGAAGCAUCUUGGAAAUUGACCAGCUUCAGCCAAAGAGCAGCCCGGUGGGCUCAAGGACGUCGGAGGUCAGUUCCAAUGGGAACUCGCUCUACUGCUACCAGCCCAGUGGGGACCCUCCGCUAUUAAGACUUAAGGCACCGUUGGAGGAGCCAGAUGCAAAGGAACAGAGCUGCUGUAGGAUUGUGUGAUGAAACAGCAGGGACUGGAAUAGCGUUCUGUUACAAGUUGCACUUGUGCCAGAAAUGGUAGCCUAUAUGAAGACAUUCAUGUCGGUAGCUGCUACAUUGAAGUAUUGACAUGAGGAUAUUAAUUUAAGCACUAUUUUAAUUCAUUGGCCAAUGCAUUCACUGUGUAACUUUAAGGAGUUCUUUAUUCUGCAAGGUAAGAGUGAAUGACUGUGUAAUUGUCUGGAGCUCCUAACUAUCCAGUCUGGCAAGGGUUACACUCUGUAUUACUGUACAGAGUUUCUGAUUCGCCUGGGACUGUGACUCUUUUAUUCUUUCACACUGCAGAAUUUAAUGUAAGGGUAAUUCAGUAGUACCCAAUUGAGUGCCCAUUCAGCACUUGCAGCUUCUUCAGCCAGUUUAUAAAAAAAACUGUCAAUUUUGUAUAGUUUGUUUUAAAGUAAACAUUACGCACAGCACCAGAUUUAACUGCUGCCUUUUUUGAAGUGAGCAAGUAUUGUAAGCUUUCCCUAUUUAAGAUUUCCCAAGCAUCAAUGUUACUCCUGUCCUCAAAGGACUACAUUCCUCUCUCCUGGAAGCUGUAGAAACUGUGGUUUGAAGUGCAGUGUUAUUCAUCCCUCACAGAGAGGAAGGUUAGUUAGAGUGAUUGUACUAGAGUAGACAAUAAGGUAUGGAAACACUUUCUCACCUGUAACUGGGAGAUGGAGUACUCCCAAGUCGGGUGUGUGGUGGUCACAGACAUAGAUCUUGCUUUUGUGCAGAAGCCAGUUUCAGUCCCCUGCCUCACUGAAGCCAUGUCUUCCUUUACUGGAAAACUCUUCCAAUUCCCCAGAUGGACAUUUAUCUCUGCAGCAGUUUGAGGCAAUUCUGUGCCUGGGCGGGGAGCUCUGCAAGACCCAAGUAUGUCUUGAAACCAAUUUCACUUGACCCCUGCCACAUCCGGCCCCCUCCAUCUCCAUGCAUUUAGGAGGGGUGUGACUCUGUGUAAAGUUGAAUAAGAAACUGAACUGUAGCAUUAUGCACAUUCUGGAGCGGUAGCUAUAGUAACUGAAUAUCACGUGAUCAUCUGGGAUGGCCACAAGCAAAAUUAUACUGGGUUAAAAAUCCAAUUCCAGCACUCAAAGCCUAAACUGACACAUCUCCUGUUGGCCUAACAAACAUCUAUCCCUCAGUCAGUACCACCAAAACAGAUUAACUCAUCAGUUAUCUCAAUGCUGUUUGUAGGACCGUCUGGGGUGCAAACAGGCUGCUGCAUUUACCUACAGAACAACAAUGCCUGCACCUUUGCAGUAAUUCAUUGGCUGUGAAUCACUUUGGUAAGUCCUGAGGAUUUGUCCACUGUAAACCUGGGCAGGUGGAUGUGAAUUCAACAGAGAAUUG